AUGACGGACAACAGCAAGGUUAUCUUGGUGAUUGGCGGAACAGGCGCUCAAGGUGUACCAGUCGUCAAAGCUAUGUCUUCUGACUCCAAGUAUACCGUACGCGUCUUAACUCGCAAUGCGCUCUCGAACGAAGCGAAAGCUCUGGAGGCGAUUCCUGGAGUCAAAAUCAUGGAGGGUGAUGCUUACCAUGAGCCCACGCUUCGGGAGGCAUUCAAAGGCGUCGACUUUGUCUUCGCUAACACGAACGGUUUCGCCAUUGGGGAGAUGGCCGAGAUCUACUGGGGGAUCCGCCUGUAUGAGCUGGCACGAGAGUUCAAGGUCAAACAUUUCAUCUACGCAGGUCUCGAAUAUGCCUCAAAGCUGGGAAACUUUGACGCCAAAUAUCGCACAGGCCAUCUCGACGGCAAAGGCAAGGUUGUGGACUACCUUCAGGCACAGCCUACAGAGCCUAUGGCCUGGUCGGUUCUGACUUCUUGCCUGUACCUCGAGGGGCUUUCAGAGGUCCUACAACCCUUUCCGGACCCUGAGGAUCCGGACACAAUGGUCUUUGCAGUUCCCUUAGGUGAAGCAAGAUGCCCUCUCAUCCAUCUGGACGACUACGGAGCCUAUGCAAGGUGGCUUCUCGACCAUCCAGAACGUAGCAAUGGCCUCGAGUUGCACGUUGCGACGGAAGACAUUGCAUGGAAAGAUGUUGCUGCUGCAUUCACUGCGGUCACGGGCCGCAGAGCAGUCUAUCGAGAUGUCACCCUGGACGAAUAUUUCAAGCUCCCAAUCUUUCCGGAGCCUGAUAGGAAAAUAGGGCAUUCAGCAUCCAAAGACAAUCCCACGUUGUUCACGAUCCGGGAGAAUUUUUCGGGCUUCUGGAAUACUUGGAAGGAUGAGUUGACGACGCGGGAUUACAGACUGUUGGAUGAGAUCCUGCCCACUCGGGUUAAAAGUGUCAGAGAGUGGAUGGAGAAGACAAACUACACCGGCAAGCCGUCGUCAGUACUCAAAGACUACCGAGAUGGCGUAGGUGCUCGAGGUCCUGGCGGUAGCUAAGAGAGAACCGUAGCCUGACUCAUCUCACACCUGUAGCACGUUU